UAUGGGGAAAAAGAAAAAAUCAAAGCAUAGGCAUCGUUCUUCCAGUGAUUCUGACGAACUAAGUGAAAAAAUAGAUCGAAUGAAUUACAAGAAAAUGUUAAAAUUAAAGGAACAACGUCGAAGGGAGAAAGAAGAACUGAAAGCGACUGAAUCAAUUGAAGAGAAACGUCGUAGACGUAUGGAAAAGAAGGAGGCCAAAGAGAGGAAAAAGAAGGCUGCAAUGGGUUGGACAGAGGAAGAUUUACGCUAUUCGAAUACGGAAAACCCUUUCGGAGAUGAUAAGCUGUUGGAGCCAUUUGUUUGGCAAAAGAAGAUAAAGGCUGAGGGAAAAGAGUCCUUACAAGAGCAAGAAAUAGAAAAAAUGACUCGAGAGAAGAUGAUUGAAAAUAAAGCUGAACUUGAAAAAGUUCGAAGACGAAGGAUGGAAAGAGAAAGACAAAUAGAAGAAAUGGCAAGUCAAAGAGAAAUGUUACAGAGAGAAAAGGAAGCGGAUUAUUAUAAAGCUUGGGAAAAGCAAGAGGAUGACUUCCAUCUGAAGCAGGCAAGACUUAGAUCUGAAAUAAGAAUAAAAGACGGUCGAGCAAAGCCUAUCGAUAUUUUAGCAAAAUAUCUUACUCUAGAGGAUGACGAAUGUUCCUUAAACAUAAAUAUGCAAAAACCGCACUCAUUAUUAGUGGGAUUAUCAGUUUCCGAUCUACUGGAUUUACAAGAGGAUAUAAAAAUUUAUUUGGAAUUAGAGGAAGGGAAAAAUCAGCAAUAUUGGAGAGAUUUAUUGGUUGUAGCAGAAGAUGAACUAUCCACGGCUCGUACUGCGGAGGCGUAUGGCAGUUUUACAAGAGACAGGUCGUCAGGUUUAAAUCAAACUGUUAAUGAAGACGUCGAAAAAAUUUUUAGGGGCAAAAGUCUCAGGCAAUUAGAGUUAUUACGUGAUGAAAUAUCUACGAAACUUCAGAAACCUAAUGAAGGGGUUGAUACAGGUUAUUGGGAAAGUUUGCAAGUACGACUAAAAACGUACGUUGCAAAACAAAGAUUAACCGAAAAGCAUGAUGAGGUGAUGAAAAAACGUUUGUUAAAGAUUAAGGAAGAGCAAGGAUUAAGGAACAGCCCUAUUGAAAAAGUCGAACAAGACAGGAAUACUCCUUCUCCUGAGCCUAGUCAGGAUGAAAACCCUCAGAGGGAAGAAGACGAAGAAGUCGAUGAUAAUCCCUAUCGAGAAUAUGAAUUAGGAAAUUUUUCUCCCACUUUUUUGAGACCUCAAGAUUUAGAUGCAGAAAUUUAUGUCGUUGAUGAAGAGGAGGAUUAUAGAAAUUUAUUGAAAGCUAGAAUGCGUCUCCAGACGACUGGCUCAACUGCACUUACUGAGGCAGAGAGAGAAUUUGAAAAGAAAGCUAGAGAAGGAAUGGAUGGGGCUGAAGCUAUUUUCGGGGUGGAAUACGCUCUUACCAAACAGUCUGCAGCUUGGAAUGAUAAAUAUCGGCCAAGAAAGCCAAGAUUUUUCAACAGAGUUCACACAGGAUUCGAAUGGAAUAAAUAUAAUCAAACUCAUUAUGACAUGGAUAAUCCACCACCAAAAGUUGUACAGGGUUACAAGUUUAACAUCUUUUUCCCUGAUUUAAUAGAUAAAAGAAAACCCCCAAAUUACUCGAUAACAACGAUUCCUGGUGAACAAGACUUUUGCGUUUUAAGAUUUACAGCCGGUCCACCAUAUGAAGACAUCGCUUUUAAAAUAGUUAAUCGAGAUUGGGAAACAAGUUUUAAAAGAGGUUUUAGAUGUCAAUUUGUAAAUAACAUUUUCCAAUUGUGGUUUCACUUUAAGAAAAUGAGAUAUCGCCGAUAA